GCAAGAUUCUGUCAAGUGGGGCACUGUAUCACACUUGUGAAUUGCUAAAUACUCUUCCAAAAGGCAGUCGUAUAUGGUCAAUAUUUUGAACGUCAAGGACUUCCCCUCGAGACAAGUUCAAUUCCCUCGACUCCAGGGAACAAUGAGUCCCAUCUCACACCAGAAAUAAAAGUAACUAGAAAUUACCCGGAUUAUGUCGUGAAGAAUGUCUUGCUUCCUUCCGGGAUGUGGCGAGGCAACCUCUCCCAACACUUAAUGCUCCACAAUGUUGGUGUCAUGGGCCACCGCGUCAAAAUAUUCGGUGAAAUUUAAAUCACCAUAAUAUUGACGCUGUCUGGGACUAAUGAGAAUCAACCUCGCUAGGCUAGUGAGGUUAUCUAGGUAGUCUAGGUAGGUAGGUAGUCUAGGGAGUCUAACUCGAAGAGUUAGACAAUGCAACCUCAACUCUGACAAAUGUCAAUUCGUGAGAACGGGCUGGUAUAUAAAACACGUUUGUAGACAUGGACGAACAUGCAUGAGGGGAAUCUAUCGCCACGUCUGUGGACAUCAUUGUAUCAGCCGGCGGUCCGUGCAGGAGACGAAGGCCUGGGACGUGUUCCGGACGCUGCCCCCCUCCACCAGCUCCCUCUCUGAAGACAGUCAGAGGUUCCUCGAAUAUACCAUCAAAUGUCUCAAGGUGUUCACAUACCUGCUGACCUUCGGCGUGGUGCUGACGUCUGGGGUCAUUACAAAGGGCAUCGUCCUCCUUAUGACCUCACAGCUCAAGAAGUCCAAGCAGCUGCCCAUAUGUGCCAAAAACCUCAAUGGUCUCUCUAACGAGAAGGACUACAUCGCCACCAUCCCGGAGGAGGAGAAUGUGGUGUGGGCGUGGAUGUUGUUCUUCUGCUUCAUCGUGCCGGAGCUGGGCACCUGGUUCCGCUCCACGCGCAUGUGUGUCUUCAAGUCUUGGAAGAAGCCUCCGUUCGGGGACUUCUUCUUCGUGUGGCUGUUCGAGACGUUCCACGCGAUGGGCACGAGCCUGCUGGUGUACAUGGUGCUGCCGGACCUCGACGUCAUCAAGGGCGCCAUGCUCACCAACUGCGUCGCCUUCAUCCCUGGACUCUUCGGUCUUCUCUCCCGGACGAAGAAAGAGUCGCGGGUGGCGCUGAAGGUAAUGAUGGACGUGGUGGCGCUGGCGUGCCAGGUGACCGGGUUCGUGGUGUGGCCCAUCGUCGAGUACGGCAAGGACCCCAACAGCUGGAGGAUCUGGUUCAUCCCGCCCGCCAUCUUCCUCACCUCCUUCGGCUGGUGGGAGAACUACGUCGACAAGCAUUCCAAAUUCAGAGUGAUCAAGUACUUCGGAGGCAUCAAGGAGAGGCUGUGGCGGACGCGCUACUUCAGCUACGUCUUCGUGUCGCUGUGGAAGUGCCUGGUGUUCUUCACCGUGAUGAUCAUCUCCAUGAGCACCCGCCUCCAGGACCUCUCCGCCAUCUUCGAACUUGGGAAGGCCUUCAGAGUGCACAGCAUCAACGUGACGGAGGUGCGAGAGACGCUGCCGGGACACACCGUGCCGGACUUCCCCACCGUCGCCCCGCUCGAGAACACGCUGCCCAUCUUGUCCACCUACGGCACCCCCGUCUACGUCUUCCUCAUACAGGUCCUCACAGCCUGGCUCUGCUACAUCUUUGGCAAGUUCGCGUGCAAGAUCUGCAUCCAAGGGUUCAGCUUCGCCUUCCCCGUCAACCUCACCAUCCCCGUCUCCAUCUCGCUCCUCAUCACUGCCUGCGGCCUCAGGUUCGACACCGCCUGCUCCUUCGGCGUCAUCCCAGAGUACCUCUUCUGGGAGUGCAAGAAUGGCGACAUCCUCAACGACUUCUUGAACAAUGACUAUGCGUGGGUGUGGCUCUUCUGGCUGCUGUCACAGACAUGGAUCACUCUGCACAUCUGGACGCCCAAGUGCGAACGUCUCGCCUCCACGGAGAAGCUGUUCGUGACGCCCAUGUACAACUCCCUCCUGAUCGACCAGUCGCUGGCUCUCAACCGGCGGAGGGACGAUGAAGGCGACGUCAAGACGGAGGACCUCAACCUCAACGCAGACGAACAUGAGAACGAGGUGUCGCAGUACUACGAGACCAUCUCCAUCCACACCGACUCCUCCAACAACAACGCCUCCAAGAUCAAGUCCUCCGACCACAUCACCCGCAUCUACGCCACAGCCACCAUGUGGCACGAGAACGAGGAGGAGAUGAUGGAGAUGUUGAAGUCCAUCCUUCGUAUGGACGAAGAUCAGUCCGCUCGCCGCGUGGCGCAGAAGUACCUCAAGAUCGUCGAUCUCGACUACUACGAGUUCGAGACCCACGUCUUCUUUGACGACGCCUUCGAGAUAUCCGACGAGAACGAGGACGAGAACGUGGUGAACCAGUUCGUGAAGCUGCUGGUGGAGCUGAUGGACGACGCCGCCACGCACGUCCACCAGACCAACAUCCGCAUUCGCCCGCCCAAGAAGUUCCCCACCCCGUACGGCGGCCGCCUCGUCUGGACCCUCCCGGGCAAGACCAAGAUCGUGGCUCAUCUCAAGGACAAGGGAAAGAUCAGGCACAAGAAGAGAUGGUCUCAGGUGAUGUACAUGUACUACCUCCUGGGCUUCAAGCUGAUGGAUCAGCCCAUCUCGGUGGACAGGAAGGAAGUGAUCGCCGAGAACACUUUCCUGCUCACUCUUGACGGGGACAUCGACUUCACCCCUAGCGCCGUGGCUCUCCUGAUCGAUCUCAUGAAGAAGAAUACCAACUUGGGUGCUGCUUGUGGGCGUAUUCAUCCUGUAGGCGGAGGUGUGAUGGUGUGGUACCAGAUGUUCGAGUACGCUAUUGGCCAUUGGCUGCAGAAGGCGACGGAGCACAUGAUCGGGUGUGUGCUGUGUAGUCCCGGCUGCUUCUCCUUGUUCCGAGGGAAGGCUCUUAUGGACGACAACGUUAUGGCCAGAUACACCACCAAGUCCAGUCAGGCUCGUCACUACGUCCAGUACGAUCAGGGAGAGGAUCGAUGGCUGUGUACACUACUGCUGCAGCGAGGAUAUCGUGUGGAGUACAGCGCCGCCUCCGACGCCUACACCCACGCCCCGGAGGGCUUCUCAGAGUUCUAUAACCAGCGCCGACGAUGGGUGCCUUCCACCAUGGCCAAUAUUAUGGAUCUGCUGCAGGACUACAAGAAAACCAUCGAAGUCAACGACAACAUCUCCUUGCCUUACAUUUCUUACCAGACUAUGUUGAUGGCUGGUACCAUCCUGGGCCCGGCCACUAUCUUCCUUAUGUUGGUGGGUGCCUUCGUGGCGGCCUUCAGAAUCGGCAACUGGGUGUCCUUCCAAUAUAAUAUCAUCCCGAUCUUCCUGUUCAUGGUGGCUUGCUUCCUACUCAAGUCUAGCAUCCAGAUCACCAUAGCGUACGUGCUGACGGCGGUGUAUGCGCUGGUCAUGGUCGUGGUGCUGGUCGGCAUGAUCCUCAACUUCGCGGAGGAAGGCUGGAACACCCCGACCGCCAUAUUCUUCCUGGCGACGGCCGGCUCCUUCAUAAUAACGGGCAUACUUCACCCCAACGAGUUCAUCUGCCUGCCCUGCGGCCUGGUGUACUACAUGGUCGUGCCCUCCAUGUACCUCCUCCUCCAGAUCUACUCCUGUUUCAACCUCAACAACGUCUCUUGGGGCACCCGCGAAGUGGCCACGAAGAUGAAGAAGAAGACCAGAGAGGAACUAGAAGCAGAGCGAAAAGCCGCAGAGGAAGCCAAGAAGAUGAAGAAGAAGGAAGGCUUCCUUUCCUUCCUGACCAGAGAUCAGGUGACCGACGACGAAGGCUCGAUCGAGUUCUCCUUGGCAGGCCUCUUCAAGAUCAUCUGCUGCGUCCACCCGAGGUCCACCAACGAGCACGACCAGCUCGCCAGCAUCGCCAAUUCACUCGAAAUUCUCAAGAAGCGUUUCGAAACAAUUGAAUCUCACAUGGGCAUCGUGCCCAGCACCCGCCGGAGGUCCACCAUGCAGCCUCGCACCUCCAUCAGGGGCGACGGGGUCUCCUCCAUCAACGAGAACCCCCUCGACGAUUACACCGACAGCGAGAGUGAGAAGUCUGGGCCGAAGGAGGAGCGGGACGAUCUAGUCAACCCUUACUGGAUGGAGGACAAGGCCCUCAAGCGAGGAGAGGUCGACUACAUGCCUGGGGCUGAAGUUCAGUUCUUCAAGGAUCUUAUUGAGAAAUACCUCCAUCCUCUAAUCAAGAAUCCUACUGAACAGAAAAAAAUGGAGGGUGACUUAAAGGAACUUCGCAAUAUAGCAGUCUUCUCCUUCACUAUGAUGAAUGCUAUCUUUGUUCUUAUUGUCUUCCUGCUCCAACUGAACAAAGAUGUUAUCCAUAUCGACUGGCCUCUAGGCGUCAAGACCAACAUUACCUUCAUCGAGGCGACGAGUGAGGUGCUCAUCAGUCAAGAGUACCUCCAACUGGAGCCCAUUGGUCUGGUGUUUGUGUUCUUCUUCGCCCUCAUCUUAGUCAUCCAGUUCGUGGCCAUGUUGUUCCAUCGCUUCGGGACUAUUUCGCAUAUCCUCUCCUCCACCGAACUCACCUGCUGCAAUAAGAAGGCUGAAGACGCUACAGAGGAUGCCUUCAUCCAAAGGAAUGCUGUUGACAUCGUGCGACAGCUACAGAGAUUGAAAGGCAUUGAUGGCGACUAUGACAGCGACAGCGUGCAAGGAGGUCAACUUGGAAGACGCAAGACCAUCCACAAUCUGGAAAGACACAGGCAAAAGAAGCAGGCCAUUGGCACGCUCGAUGUGGCCUUCAAGAAGCGUUUCUUCAGCAUCUCGGCUGAAGCCGCAGAAAAUGGAAUGGAAACUGAGACGCCAGUGCUCGGCAAAAUGCGUCGUCUGAGCAUGCGUCGAGAGACCAUCAAGGCCCUGGCUGAGAGGCGAGAGACGGUGGUUCAGGAAAGACGACAGUCCAAAAUGCAGACCAUGGGAGCCAAGAAGCCUCGCACACGAGCGUCGAUCGCCUCAGAGGCGGACAACCAGCGCGUCUUCACCCCCGGCGGCGGCAACGUCAACGACGCUUACGAAUCCGACAACGACAACUACGGCCCUCCACCCUCCGUCAGAAGCGCCAUGAGAUACAGAGCCACCGAGGAUAAUAUUAUCUACAAUCCUUAACCUGAAUCUUGUGCUCAUAUUUUUAACUUAGGAAAAUAUAUUUUUUUAAAAACGUUAGACGAAAUAAUAUGAUGUAGGAAUGACUCUGUUUAGUCAUAUGCAUAGAAAUUUGUCACCUCCUAUAUAGGCUAUCGUUGUCUGCGACUAUAAGUACAGUAUGCAGAUAGUGGUUCAGAGGCAAAAACUUUUCUUUGCCUCUGAACCACUAAGUGUGUGUAUAUAUAUAUAUAUAUAUAUAUAUAUAUAUAUAUAUAUAUAUAUAUAUAUAUAUAUAUAUAUAUAUAUAUAUAUAUAUAUAUAUAUAUAUAUAAUAUUCCAAGAAGCCUUGUAAAAUAAAUUAUGUAAGAAUAAAUACUAUGAGCGUUUUUACGCAGAGGGUAACAGUCAGGUGCCUAGUACUUAUUUAUAUAAACGCACUGGCAGUCCUAAAUUACAUACCAUGUGUGCUUCUGGCAGUCGUAAGAUGCGCCCCAUGUACGCACCUGACAGUAGUAGGAUCAGGUCGUAAGAUAAUGAGUUUUAAGCGCCCAGCCAUCUGGAUUAUCGGAGAUUGAGACCCGACUCUGAAAGGUCGCUCUACCGACGUGUCCAAAUGGAUGGGCUGCCAGUCAUUUGAGACACACACAACAGUUGUGAGUACCCAGGCUGUCACUGCAGUGAUAUUAUAGACCCCCAACAGUGACCAUUGACAAUUAUUUCUAGAGGCGUAUAUGAAUAGGGUUAGAAAAUUGGCAGAGGCGCAACUGUGAUGAUUCCUGAAGUAAUGCUUAAUAUAUGCUAGUGCAGAGCAUAUAUAUAUCUUUCUUUUUUAUCUCUUCUUUCAUCCUUGUGGUAGCUAAUGAUGACUCUUGAUUGGGUUUAUCUAUUUUCAAUCUAAAUAAAGUCAAUCUAUUAUUUGCAAUUCAUUAUACACCGCUUUGUUCAUUGAUUUGUAGUAUAUAUUAUUUGGGAACCUGUUCUAGAUAUUUGAAAAUUCUCGCUUCUCUUUUCUGUUUCCUUCUCAUUAGUUCACUGACAUUUCCGUAGCUCAAUUUGCUCCUCUUGUACUGUCAGUCCAUCUUCUAUUGCAAAUGCAAUAUUGUAUAAUAAUUUGUAUAAACAAUAAAAUAUUCGUUGUUA